GAGCAGAAGCAGGUGGAGGAGUCUUCAGGACGGGAAGUGAAGAAGGUCCGCAAAGCUCGGAACCGACGGCAGGAGUGGAACCUGAUGGCGUACGAUAAGGAGCUCCGUCCAGAUGCUCGACUGACACCAUCACCUUACCACACCUCCGAUGGCUCCGUGUCACCUGACAGGUCGAGAAUGUCCGAUGACCCCUCCAGCCCUUGUCAUGAGGGGAAGGACCCUGUUUCCAUGGUGACAAACAGCAGCGGCCAAACUCAGUCGCUUGAUCGUGCCCUGCGGCCCACAGCAGCAUCCUCGGCAGCUGCUGCCACCUCCGUCCGGCAGCACUCCCUGGGACGCAACCAGCCACAUCAUCACCACCAGGUGCCGCCCGCCAGCUCAGCCACUCAGAAAGGAGCAUGGGUCAACAUGGCAAGGGAUUCCAGUGACCAUCAGAUCCCGCCAGCACCACCGCCUCCCCCUCCUCCAAUGCCAUCAGCGGGACAAAAAGUGUUUUCCAGCAUCUCCACCCACAGCGCUGCCGUGGCAACCCAAAAGCAUCCUGCAGUGGCUGCUGGUAAUCAAGGUGGCACUGGUUCAAGUUCCCGCCCUUACAGCCCCUCUCCUCCCCCUCCUCCUCCUGCCAACUAUGUCCCCUCCCCAGCCCACCCUGGAGGCCAAGCAGCAGCCUCAGCUGCUGCGCCCCCACUGCCUCAAGCGACUGAAAACAGGAAGCCGUCGAGCAUCCUGAACAUCCCGAUGAACGACGCCCGGAGUGACCUGCUGGCUGCAAUCCGCCGAGGUGAAGUCUUGCUGCUAAUUUGUCUGUUUUCCCUGGUAAUUUUAGGAACACUACAGGGGGCCUUUCAGGUAUUUUUCUUUUCCACUGUCCCAUGUCUGGCACGAGGAUCGAAUCAGACUGAAAGAGGUAAAAAUGGCAGAGAGGGAGGACUUUUUGGACGAAGCUUUAACUAAAUUUGAAGCAUCAUGCUGGGAGGAUCUAGAUAAUUGUCAUUGGUUAAAUAUCUC